AUGCCUCGAGCGACUAGAAGUUCUGCCGCGGCGGCACAAGCGGCGUCUAACCCACUGCCUGCCAAUGGCACGACCUCGGCCUUGCCAUUGGAAGACUGCUCGGUAGUCGCCAGCGGCACCUUUCUCGCGUUUUCUCACGCUACUUUGCAGAAGAACUUGACGGAACUGGGCGCCAAGUUCACCAAGAGCAUUACUGCAGCGACUACUCAUCUAGUUGCGACGCAGGAUGACUUCAACAAUGACUCAGCCAAAGUUGCAGCGGCCAAGGCCAAAGGUCUCCCGAUUCUCAAAAUUGAGUGGGUCGAGGAGGCCAUGAAAACGAAUGCACACCCCCGCGAUGACGACUUUUCCCACCAGCAGACCUCCAAAAAGCGACCAAUUGCCGUCGUUGGGCCAUUGACGACUGACGCUGGAAAGGCUGGCGACGGCAACGACGCUGCCACCGACACCAAGAAGCGGAGGACGGCCAAGGGCACCCGGGGCAAGGCUACGGCCAAAGCUCCCGAUCUGGAUGCCAAGGACGCCAAUCUUGAGGACGUAAAGCCCAAGGCCGAGGAAGCAGCCCCGGCUAAGGCUGAGAAGAAAUCGGCGUCCGAUAAUCAAGUUGCACAAUCUGCUGAUUUGGUCGUGCCUGUGGAUGAGUUUUUCCACCUCUCGGGCAAGCAAGGCUUCGUUGUCUACAUUGGCGAUGACAUGACCAUCUACGACGCGUCCUUGAAUCAAACCAAUGCAAGCGCCAAUAAUAACAAGUUUUACAAGGUUCAGAUCGUUGUAAACUCUCGCAAGAAGCAGUUUUUCACUUGGACCCGGUGGGGUCGUGUCGGCGAGACGGGCCAAAAGGCUCUUCUAGGAGAUGGAUCGCUCGACGAUGCUAGGAUCCACUUCGAUAAGAAAUUUAAAGACAAGUCGGGCCUUGCCUGGGAAAAUCGCAGUGAUGCUCCCAAGCCCAAGAAGUACGCUUAUAUAGAGCGGAGCUAUGAUCCGGAUUCGGAGGACGAGGAUGCUGGUGGCAAGAAGGACAGGAAAAAGACAAGUUCCACAGAGGAUUCUGAGCCUGUUGAAACGGCGGAAUGCACCCUAUCACCGCCCAUUCGAUCGCUCGUCGAGCUGAUUUUCAACGCUAAGCUUUUCAACAGCGUCAUGGCGUCGCUUAACUACGAUGCGAACAAGCUUCCCUGGGAAAACUAG